AUGCAAAAUCAACAACAAAUAAUUGAUAAUCCACUUUUUCCAUCUUCCAAUUAUUCUUCCACACCUAUAAAAAGUUCUACUCCUCAUGUACUUUUCGAAUUAACGAAAAAAGUAACAAAUGACGAUGAGAAUCAAAAAAAAAAUUAUUGUACUUUUUGUAAAAUAAUCGCUGGUGAAUUACCUUGUGUAAAAAUUUUUGAAAAUGAUGAUGUUUUAGCAUUUCUUGCACCAAUAUCAAGAGGUCAUACAUUAGUCAUCCCCAAAAAACAUGUACCAUACAUAAAUUUAGCUUCACCUUCAACAAUCGCUGCAAUUGGUGCGUCACUUCCAAUGAUUUCAAAUGCAAUAUGUCAAGCGUUAAAUAUAAAGGAUUUUAAUAUUUUACAAAAUAAUGGUAGUUUUGCUGGUCAAGUGGUUUUUCAUGUACAUUUCCAUAUUAUACCAAGAUUUAAAGAUGAAGAUAAUAUCAAUAGGAACAGAAGAUUACAUGGCGGAAGAUUAAAAUUUAGUCAAGAAGAAAGGGAAAAAAUCGCAGGUGGUGGUUCUAUUGAAAUUGAGCUUGAUAACGAUGGUCAAGUUGACUUGAAGGAAUGUAAUGAUGUAGUGGAAGUUAAUGAUGAAGAGGAGGAGGAUAAAGACGACGAUGCGAUUAUAAUGGAUGAUGAUGGAGUUUGA